AUGAAGCUUUACUAUAUUGGGAUCUUAAGAAAUACCGGAGAUAAAGCCGUAGAAUUAUCCUCGGCCAGAGACUUGUCUCAGUUUUCCUUUUUCGAGAGGAGCAGCGUCUCCCAGUUCAUGAACUUCUUUUCCGAGACGGUUUCGCAGAGAACCGCCGCCGGCCAGAGACAGUCGAUUGAGGAAGGCAACUAUGUCGGGCACGUAUACGGCCAUUCCGAGGGGCUUGCGGCCGUGUUGAUCAGCGACAAAGAGUACCCUGUGCGCCCAGCCUUCACCUUGUUGAACAAGAUUGUGGACGAGUACUUGUCCUUGCACCCACCGGUAGAGUGGAAGACUAUUGCUGAGUCCUCCCCAGCGUUGAGCUAUGCUGAGUUGGAGACCUACUUGCGCAAGUACCAGGACCCGUCCCAGGCCGACGGCAUCAUGAAGGUGCAGCAGGAGUUGGAUGAGACUAAGAUUGUUCUACACAAGACGAUCGAGAGCGUGUUGGAGAGAGGUGAGAGAUUGGAUUCUUUGGUGGACAAAUCUGAAACGUUGUCGUCAUCCUCCAGAAUGUUCUACAAGCAAGCCAAAAAAACAAACAGUUGCUGUGUGAUUGUCUAGUGUUGGCGUCUCCACAGCCGGCAGCUUUGAUCCUAUGCUCUUACGUCUAAUAUAAUUAAUUGAUUAGAUGGCUAAAAGAGGCCAUUAUUGUAAAUUUACCGUAUUAUUGGCUUUAUUGAUUCUCUUAAUCUCUGGGUUGAACCCCUGUGUUGUGCAUCAGCACUGCUCCCUUUGAGGGCUGGCUUUUAUGGUGACAUAAACAGUGACAGGGGUACUGAAAUGGAAAUGGGGGAUAAAAUGGAACAAUUAGGAAGUAAUAAAUGAUGGAAAUGGAUGAUAUGGGGAGGUUUCAUAGUGGUAAUCGACACACAAGGGUGUGAUGUCUAAUUGCGAGACUCGUACUCUCUGCGAUAUGUAAUUGGGCUACAAUCAAAUGGACCAUCAUUUUCACUUUACACAUUGUUAAAACAUAGGAAUAAUAUGAUAAU